GAGUUAGGAUUAUAUUACAACUCAUCAAAGAGAAAGUUUACUAAAAACCCGGAAAUCUGAGGAGUUAUUUUGGAUGAGCUGUGGAUCAUGGGAGCAAGAACAUGUUUCCUUGAAUAUUUUUGUGCUGGUUUCCACAAAUUUACAUAUUCACACCAGUUCAUUCUAUUAGUAUCACUCACUUUCUUUACCUUUUCAAGCAGCAGCCAUGAUGAUCCUUUUUCUUGCGGCGAUAUCCUUAACAUAAGCUGCCCUUUCUACUUGCAAGGUGAUCCUCUUCAUAACUGUGAUCAGCAUGGUCUCCUCAGCCGCCAACUCCACUGCCAGGACAAUCGGACCAUCAUAUAUGUGACCUCUUCUUAUGAUGAUAAAACAUACAAGUACCAGGUUGCAGACAUCAAUUACCAGAACUUGACAGUGCGGCUCCGUGGAAAUCAAACUUCUUUUAGACUUUUCGAUGGGUAUGAUGAUGGGCUAGCUCAGAACACGCCCAUAAUAUUUAUGAAUUGUCCUGCUCCUAUAACCUCAGAUUCUCGGUAUAUUGAUGCUACAACUUCUGAUGCCUUUUCCGGUUGUGGUAAAAAUGACACAAAAUCUUUUUCUGGCAAAAAUUACUGUCCGAGUCAAUACUCUUAUGUUGUUGCUGGCCCUCUAAUAUUACGGGAUGUAGUAGAUGGUUGUAAGAUACGCGAUGCAGCUUUGGUGUCCCCAGAUUGGCGGACCAAUGUUACAUUUAGUACUGAUAAUAUAAUUAAUAUUACUAUAAUCAGCAAGGCAGAUAAUGAAGACAUUCGCAGUGAGGUGUUGGCUUAUGGAUUCGAUGUUUCGUGGAGAGAAAUCUUCUGCUACAGUUCAUGUCGCAGCGACUAUGAUUGUGUUCUUAAUUUUGAAAACAAUGCUUACGGUUACAAGUGCCAGCCCUUCUCAGCAAUUUUAUCUUUACCCAAACGCCUGCUCAAAAUCUUGAGAGACAUUGCUGCGUAUUUUGUUGAUCGGAUUCCAUUUAUACUUGUAUUCACUGGCAAGUUUAUUGGUAUAAGAGCUUUGUGUGGAAUCCCAUUUCUCCUAGCAUUGUUACUCUUCAAGAUGAGGAGAAGGCAUUGGUCAAUAUAUGACAGCAUUGAGGAUUUCUUACAAGGUCAGAAAAACGUUCUCAUGCCCAUAAGAUACGAUUUCUCUGAUAUAAAAAAGAUAACUAAUGGCUUCAAAGACAAAUUGGGUGAAGGAGGAUUUGGUACUGUGUAUAAAGGAAAGCUGCGUAGUGGCCUAGUUGUUGCCGUGAAGAUUAUGGGCAAGUCGAAGGCUACAGGGCAAGAAUUCAUAAAUGAAGUUGCUACAAUUGGAAGGAUUCAUCAUGUAAAUGUUGUGCAAAUGAUUGGUUUUUGUUUUGAGGGUUCAAAACGUGCUUUAAUCUAUGAGUUCAUGCCUAAUGGAUCUCUUGAGAAGUACAUUUUUCCUCGUGAAGGAGAGGAGGAGCAUAUCUCCUUGAGUUGUGAAAAAAUGUAUGAGAUUUCUUGCAAAGUGGCUGCUGGAAUUGACUAUUUACACCGAGGAUGUGAUAUGCGAAUCUUGCAUUUUGAUAUUAAGCCUCACAACAUUCUUCUAGACAAGGACUUUAAUCCAAAAAUUUCUGAUUUUGGGCUUGCAAAAUUGUAUGCUACGGAUGAUAGUAUCGUCAAUCUGACUGCAGCCAGGGGAACGAUAGGUUACAUGGCCCCUGAGUUGUUCUACAAAAACAUUGGAGGUAUUUCUUAUAAAGCAGACGUCUAUAGUUUUGGAAUGUUGCUCAUGGAAAUGGCGGGGCGAAGGAAAAAUAUAAGUCCAUCAGUGGAGCAAUUGAGCCAGAUCUAUUUUCCCUCUUGGAUUUAUGAUCAAAUAAAUACAGGGAAGGAGAUUGAAAUGGAAGAUUCUACUGCAGAAGAGACCAAGUUGUUAAAGAAGAUGAUAAUAGUGGCAUUGUGGUGUAUACAACUGAAGCCUGGCGACCGUCCCUCAAUGAACCAAGUCAUUGAAAUGCUUGAAGGAGACGUUGAGCUACUGGUCAUACCAACUAAACCAUUUUUAAGUCCACAAGAAGAGAAUCAAGAAGCAGAGAUGCAAGUAGAGGAUCAAGAAGCAGCAACUCCAGAGUUGAUAGAACCAGCCUAAGAAAUAGCCAAGGCCACUGAAACGACAACAGAAAGUUUCUAAUGCUCGUCUCUAUAUUAGUAACUUAAUAAGAUCACAUGGCUGUAAUUUGUACUUAAAGUUUCUAUCUAUCUCUGUUCCGUUAAAGUUUCUAUAUUUGAUCCCCUUGGCUAUGCCUAGAGCAAUAUUUUGCAUCGUCUCCAACCUAUGAAACUCUGUUGUUCUCUUCUAUAAACAAACUUUUCCAAUGA